AUGGAAGAACAUAUGAACCCUUUGGCAGUGACUCACCUGCUUCAACACACACUGAGAAGCUUGUGCACUCAAGAAAAUUCACAGUGGAUUUAUGCCGUUUUUUGGAGAAUCCUCCCAAGAAACUACCCACCACCCAAAUGGGAAGGUCAUGGAGCUUAUGACAGGUCGAGAGGGAACAGAAGGAACUGGAUAUUGGUUUGGGAAGAUGGUUUCUGUAACUUUGGUGCCUCAGCUGCCUCACCAGCUCAUGAUCAGAUCAACUCAUCCAAUGCUGAGUGUCCAGGUGGCCCUUCUUCAGUUUAUGGUGGUGAUCAAUUUCAACAUCACCAGUAUUACCAUGGCCUGCAACCUGAGCUUUUCUUCAAGAUGUCCCAUGAGAUCUACAACUAUGGAGAAGGGUUGAUAGGGAAAGUGGCAGCAGAUCAUAGUCAUAAGUGGAUAUACAAAGAACCAAAUGAUCAGCGUCAAGAAAUCAACUUCUUAUCAGCAUGGCACAACUCAGCUGACUCGCACCCUAGGACAUGGGAAGCCCAGUUCCAGUCUGGCAUAAAGACCAUAGCUCUGAUAGCAGUGAGAGAGGGUGUAGUUCAGUUGGGAGCAAUUAACAAGGUGGUUGAAGAUCUGAGCUAUGUUGUUUUGCUCAGAAAGAAGCUGAGCUACAUUGAGAGCAUCCCUGGAGUUCUUCUGCCUCACCCAUCAUCUCCAUCAUUCUCCAGCUUCAAGCUUGACCCUCAUGGCUAUGGUAAUAUUGGUGCUCCUCCUCCAGAUCAUCAUAGUCAUGCAUGGCACGAUUUCCAAGGCAUGAGUACUAAUGCUACAAAUCUUCUUGUCCCACCACAUCCAAGUACUACUCAUGACCAAUAUUAUGAGCACCAUUUCAACAUGAACCAUCAUCAAGUGCCAAUGCUGAAAAACAUAACACCCUCCAUGAGUAGCCUUGAAGCUCUUCUCUCCAAGCUUCCCUCGGUGGUGCCCUCACUACCUAAUACUACUCAUGAUCAUAACCAGUUUCCGGAAUCGUCUCAUCAUCAUCAUCAUCAUCAAGGAGGAGGAGCUAUGCAAUUUAUGGCGCGUACGGAUCAGCAGAAGGUGGUUGCCAAGGAGGAGACUGAUGUUGAAGAAGAAGAGGAAUAUGGGGAACCGGAUCAUCAGAAGGUGUUGGAUUCUGAGAAUGAGUUCGUUCGGGUGUUCGAAGAUCAUGAGGUCGAGGAGGAGGAGUGCGGUGGGGGGAAGACGACGUCGUGUUGGCGGUGGAGGGAGGAGGACGACGACGACGGUGAGAGUGAAGGUGAGGAAGCUGCAAAUGCUGAUUCCGGGAGGGAGAGGGCUGGAGGCGGAGACGCUGUUUCGGCACACGGCGGAUUACAUAAUGCAUUUGAAGUUCCAGGUCGAUGUUUUGCAAGCGAUUUCCAAGAUUUACAAGCUGUGAAAUUAGUACGUGUUAAUCACCAUGCGCAUAUUAAUUAA